AUGCCGGCUCCCCCGGCGUACGAGUUCUCGUCGCAGCCAAGGCCGGUCAAGACGAGGCCACACAAUAAACAGCAGUCCCGACGAGACGUAGUUGGAAGCGGUGGCAACGGCAAUGGAAACGCAGGGGCCCGCUACGACCCGUUUUUCCCUAUCAAUAUCCACCACGACCCGCGGGUUGCGAGGGGCAACACGUUUGCUGGUGACAGGCGGGACGCGCAACCGUCUGCAGAACCGGGACCGAAGACAGUGGCGAAAAAAAGCAGAAAACGUCUAGGGCAAAGCCGAUCAAGGGGCUCGUCGUCGUCGUUCUUCGACACGAGGGCCAGCCAACCGGUUCUCAGAGAAGAGCUAGACCUCUCCAGGUAUCUCGUCGAACCGGGAGAUACCGCCGCUCGACCAGAGCGUGAGGCGGACACCCAAACCGACGACUUUCAGGAGAGGCCACAGACCCCAGACUUCGUACCCAAAAAGACGGGCGUGGAUGCUUGGACUCAAAUAGAGGUGUCUGACAAGCUGUUCGAUUUCGAAGCGGAGGUCCAGCCCAUGUUGGCAGUCUUGGUCGGGAAGACUCUGGAGCAAGCACGAAUGGAGGUCGAACGUGAGCACGAGCUGCUUUGCAUUCGGGAGGCGGCGACCGCUCUUGUCCACCAGCGGGCGGAAGAAGUGCAGCAGGUGCUGGAGCUCAAGCAGGCGGCGGUGGAGGCGGAGAAGAAGAAGGAGGAGCUGCGCCGGCGGCAGAGGGAAGAGGCGAACCGCCGACGCUUGGCGAAGGAGAAGGUGGCGUGCCUGCAGCUGGUGCGACAGGUGCUGCCGCUCUCGCUGGAUCGCGCGUUCGAGCAGCUGAGCGCGAAGUCGUGGGAGACGCAAAGCGUCCAACAGAUCAAAAAGGUAUUCUUGCCGUGGCUCUUCGGACGGGUCGCAGCCGACGUAGGCCAGCGUUCCUCCGUGCUCGACGCCCUGGACAGCUUGCUCGAGUCCGUCGACGAAACGGCGGAGACCGCCAGGAAUCAACGGAUACAAGACAGGGACCGAGAAGCGGAGGCCCGCAGGGAGGCCGCACGCGUGGCGCGCGAACGGGUGAUCAGGCUGUUUGUACCCGGGGAGGUGGUCGGGGGAGAGGAAGGCGAACGGCUCGGCCCCGUCGCCGUCAAAGCGGGAGAGACGGUCAAGGCUGCGGAGGCCAAGGUGGCCAGAUGGCUCGCCAAAGAGAGAGAAACGGGGGAGCUUGAGGAUCCGCAGGGGGGUUUCCUAGGAGGUUACUUGCGAGAGGCGAGGAGGAAGGGGGGUGGUCGUCGGGUAGGGCAGGGGUCUAUGCUCCUUGACUUGCAGGUGAUGUUGGGCGCGCCGAGUGACGAAGUCGUCCUUCGAAGCAACUUCGAGGGGACGCAGUAG